AAACGAGCAGCAUCAACAAACAGCAACGUGCGCAUGCGCCUUACCCAAACAAACUGAAAAGAAAACUCACAAUUGAAAAGAAAACAGAAAACAGAAAAUAGUAGAAGAAGUAACUGAACUAGAAAAAUAAGAUUCUUGUGCUGUUAAUAGUGUUGGUGAACGUGCACACAUAUCAAUUAAUCAAAGUAUUAAAACGGAUUAUAAUAACACAGACAUGGCUGUAUCGGCACUUAACAUGACACCCUACUAUGCUGGAUAUCCCUUUCAAGGACAGGGACGCGUCAACCAGCUUGGCGGCGUCUUCAUCAACGGUCGUCCCUUGCCCAAUCACAUUCGCCGCCAAAUCGUGGAAAUGGCCGCCGCUGGGGUUCGUCCUUGCGUCAUCUCCAGGCAGCUGCGCGUCUCCCAUGGCUGCGUGUCGAAGAUCCUCAACCGCUUCCAGGAGACGGGCUCCAUUCGGCCGGGCGUCAUUGGCGGAAGCAAGCCCCGCGUUGCCACGCCCGACAUCGAGGCAAGGAUUGAGGAGCUCAAGCAGUCGCAGCCAGGCAUCUUUAGCUGGGAAAUCCGUGCCAAGCUCAUCGAGGCUGGCGUCUGCGACAAGCAGAACGCGCCCUCAGUCAGCUCGAUCUCGCGCCUGCUUCGCACCACCUCGGGCUCCGGCUCUGGCAACGGCACUGGCUCCCACAGCAUCGAUGGAAUCCUGGGCGGUGGCGGUGGCUGCUCCGCUGGCAGCGAAGAUGAGAGCGAGGACGACACCGAGCCCAGCGUGCAGCUGAAGCGCAAACAGCGCCGCUCCCGCACCACCUUCUCCAAUGACCAAAUCGAUGCUCUGGAACGCAUCUUUGCGCGCACCCAGUACCCCGACGUGUACACCCGCGAGGAGCUGGCCCAGAGCACUGGCCUCACCGAGGCCCGUGUCCAGGUGUGGUUCUCCAACCGUCGUGCGCGCCUGCGCAAGCAGCUCAACACUCAGCAAGUGCCCAGCUUCGGCGGCAACUCCACAGCCCCGUCGUAUGGCUCCAGUGCUGCUGCUGCCACCAACAUGGGCAUGGGCCUGUACAGCACACAGUCGUGGCCCGCCAGUGGAGUUGGCUAUGAGGCGAAUGCCGGCUACAGCGGCUCGGUGGCUUCCAUGUCGCCCGCCAGCAGCAGCAGCAGCUCCGCUUAAGUACACUGUGUGAACUGCUUCGCACUGCUUGCAACCGCUUGUUGGGCAAGCAGCCGAAGCACGCAUAUUU